AUGUCAUCAACAACUAAACAACAGGCACCUACUGCAUUCAUUUCGCGACCUAUGUCACCAUUAACGAUCAACACUGAUUUAGACAACUAUGCGCCAUCCCAUACCUUACACGAUGAGAUCAGUGCAUCUUCCCAGUUCUUUUAUUCACAUAUGCAAGGGCCGCUGAAGUCACCUGGAAUAUUUGUACCUUAUACAGAUGAACGGAAGCGGGAGAUAAUAGAAAGAGCCAUCAAGGAGGCAUUGGCUAACGACGAAAUCUCAAGACAAGCAGAAAUUUCAAAGACGUUCCCGCUGCAGGAUCCUCCAAAGUCAAAGUUCAAACGUCAAAUGUCAGCUGAUUCCAAUGACUCUAAUGAUUACCGUGCGCAGAUUUAUCCAUCAAAGCGUCAUCAGGACUCCUAUUCCACUACUGAUGUCGACAAUACCGAUCUUUAUCAUGGCACAUAUUCUACCCCAGCUUCUGUAUAUUCGAGUUUACCUAGUGGCAGCAAGCCGGCGUCUUCAUUGAAUGAAGCUUAUCAUCAGAACCAAAUAGUUAAACCUACUGUUACAGAGAAUAUGGUUCAAUACUUUCAUAAAGAAGAAUUAAAUACAUCAAACAUACGUGCAUCCCAAACAUAUACAAGUGAUUGUUCUGGUGAUAACUUCAUGAUUUCAACGAAUCGGCGAAGCCAAUCAAAAUCAGAAACUAUAAACAGUCCUCAGUUCACAGAAAGUCCCAGAAAAGAAACAGUUUUAGUAACAGUACCUGAAAAACCAUAUACUAAAAAUUUACAAUGGGUAGUUUCGGAUCCAAAUCCAAAUUCUGUGAACGAUUUUGUACCGGCAACACCUACUGUAUUAUAUUCAGAAGAUUCACCAAAUCCCUUCAACAAGACAUUAAGAUCAUCCACUGGUUAUAGUCCUGGAAAAUCUUUAGGUAAUGUUAGAUGUGACGAGGUUGACCGAACACUUUGCGCAAAUGAUUUUUCAAAAGAAUUCAACCAUGAAUCAUUUCAUCGUGAUGCCUUUCCUUUGCACACUUCGUCUACAACCGUAUCUGGCAGUACAGUAACAGAAAAGGGAUUUGUUUUUCCUCCUUCUCCAACAAUUACACGCCCCUUACCUUUCAGUCCGAGAAUAGUAGGUGAACAAUUUACACCUAAAUUCAAGAGUACUCCAAAAGCCAUCCGGGAAACGUAUCCAAAUCCUGUAAUAAGACGCACUGUGGAGUCACAAGUACAUGGUUCUCCAUCAAGAAGUUCAACAAACAAGUUGCCUUUACAUAGUCCUGCCAAAGAACCAUGGGACAAAUUAAACAUUAAAAGUCCGAGUAAACAGAUGAAUCCAAUGAAUCAAUUACUUAAUCAAAGGAACAUUCAACAUGGCCAAGGAUUUUGUAACCAAAAUCUGCAUACUGAAUAUGAUUCUGAAAAGAUAACAAAUUCAUUUAAUUCAACACUAAGUAGGUCAACCUCACUCUCAAAUCAUACGGAUUCCUUUGCAAGAGAAAAGGCAAAUGAAUAUAUACAAAAUAAUAUUCAAAACAAAAUUCAAAUUCAACCAAAGAAUGGAAACUGCUCAAAUGGCCACUUACUUAAGGGGGAUGCGGAGAAGGAAUUAUUUUUAGACCAGGCCGUAAAACGUUUAUUGUUCAGAUCGUAUAGCGCAAUCGAGUUGUCGCCCUCUAAAGCUGAUAUAGAAAGAAUGAGAAAUAAAGUAAGAAAUAUGUAUCGAUCUAUGUCAAGUCCUGCAGAAAUGAAAGAAAUGCUAAAAAAUCUGUUAAUGGAGGAGAGAAUUAAAGAAGAAUUUUUUGUAGACAAUGAUGUGUUCGAAACUUCAUCUUCUCCAUCAAAAUUACAGCGACAUCCGGGUCACAUUCAAUGUCAGCAUGGUGAUCAUAAUUUGUAUAGACAAGAUGGUUUAGCGGAUGCUCGAAGAAGACUUUUUGUUGAUGCACAACACCCAAAAGAUAACAGAGAGCAACAAUAUGCCACCGCAGCUGAUGCUGACCUUCCUCUCCUUCUUGAAAUGUUUAAUCCGACUGUGCUCUCAGCAGAUGAUCAUGAAUCGGCAGGACAUGCUCAAUAUGUGAUGGGCAAGUCAACGCAAAGUUCAACAAGAUGUUACCAAAGAGAUAUACCUCAAACAGCAAGAUUUUCUCAUCCUGAUAUAGCGCAUGCCUCCUUCCGAUUUCCAAUGUCUUCAUCCACAGUUGACAACAGGUUCAGCGAAAGAGAUUAUGAUCGUGAAUGUAAUAUGCCUGGAUGUUCACAUUCACAACCUCGAUAUGAAAGAGAUACAAGCAGAAAGAGAAAGCAUGGUGAUGUUGAAGUUUGUGUGAACUGUGAAGAAGAAGAUGAAGUAUCGGAUAAAUCUCGAUGUCUCCAAUCAGCUCUUAAAAAGGUCCAACAUCCUGAAGGAAAAACUUGUCGUUGUGCAAACAUUGAAAGCGCUAUUUUGGAAAUGGCACGUGACGCAUAUAAAAAGAUAAGAAGGCGGGACUCUAGUGAAUAUUCAUUUGAUAGAUUCAACACUGAGGCGACAGAAACCCGAGAACAAAUUUUCGAUUCCGUCAAGGUUCUUUGUGAGAUCAAAUCAAUGUGCAAAUAUGGCCGUGUCAUCGACGACAUAUUUUCUGGAAGUAUCAUAUUUUUGUUUAAUUGUCCGACAUUAUUAGCACUAGAUGACUUAUGGGAAAUAUAUUUAUCUGGAAGAUUAAAAGAAAUGUUUAAUUCGGCCUUCAUAACGGAUGAGUUAAAACAUAAAUAUGGUGCUAGUACGGCUAGACUUGAAGUGGUUAUAUCUAAAGAAGUAUAUCAUCGAGCAAGAUCGGAACUACUGAUAAGAGAGAUAAAAUCACCGAAACUGAACACGACUCUUUCUAAAAGUGAUACUGAAAUAGCCAGCGUGUGUAGCUCUUCUAAAGAAAACUAUAUAAGAGACACAUCACCGAGAAAAAAAGUGAAACCUUCCGCCCUAGCUAUAAUACACAUGCGCAGUCAAUCAGCCCCAAGUGUUAAUCAGUCACCUUCUCCAAGUCCUUCCUGGAUGUCGCAGCUUUCUAAUUCACCAUUUUCAAAAGAAAGAAAGUUUUCUUUCUCCAAUAUCGGAGAAUUGUCACCACGUAAAGUGUUCCAAGAAAUAAAUACAGGUUCGCCAACGCUCAAGAAAGUAUUUGAUUUUGAUGUGAACAUUACUUCAAAAUUGUCACCCAAAAGAAAGACGUUUGGUGAUCUGAUGCCAUGGGAAAACCAAAACGUUCAACAAGAGACAUCUACAUCCAAGCGAAAAUCAAUCCGCGACUGACGUCAUAUGCUGUCGGCAUCAACUGACAUCCAAUUAAAGAGUGAUUUGAUGCCAUGGGAAAAUCAGAACGUACAACAGGAGAUAUUAACAUCCAAGCGUAAAUCAAUCUGCGACUGACGUCAUCUGCUGUCGGCAUCAACUGACAUCAAAUUAAAGAGUGAUCUGAUGCCAAGGGAAAAUCAGAACGUACAACCAGAGAAAUUAACACCCAAGCGUAAAUCAAUCCGCGAUUGACGUAAUCAACUGACGUCAUGAUUCAUGGUAAUCGUUCACAAGCGAAAGGAAGAUACUUUCUUUUUUUGCUUGAUAAUGUAUCUAUGUAUUAUUGAAUACAGAACAGGAUUUUGUGUAAGGCAAAAAUGUAUACAAAACAUUUGAAUCCAAAACAAUAUUCUAGUUUUAAUAAUAACUGACAAAUCGUUUCCAUAGCUCUUAAGUAUAAUUUCUAUUAAAAAUACAUAGUAUGGUUCGUUGUUAAUGUAAUAUACUUAUAAUCAGAUCACAUCUUAAAGAAUUAUGUCAUAAUACUUUUUUAAUGUUUAAGCAAACUGUACCGAAUCCGUUUUCCAUUUUCUAUGUUUUCUACUUAACUCUAAAGAAGUCCUUUCCAUAACAUUUAUUUUUUUUCAUAGUAAAAAACUGCUACAGAACAAUAACAAAAAAAGCAUAUACAGUAUACUAGUAUGAAACGGCCAGUAGUUAUGUUUGAAAAAUAACUUCGCCUUCAUUAUUACAUUUCAUAUAUAAAUUACAAAAUGGGUAAUCAGCGUUGUUAAUUUUUUAUUGUAUUAAGUGAUUUUUAAUCUUAUGACCGUAGAGAGAAGUAUUUAUUUUAAUUCUUCCUUGUUCAUUUGUGCGCUGUCUUUGUUUAUUU